GAAUCGCUGAAUUAAGAAUUAUAAUAAGAUAAAAGUGUCAACAUAUUUUUAUGUAAUAUUCAAUUUUUAUAUUUUGACAUGAUUUUACUUGAAUAGAGCAGCAAAGAAAUUGAUUACUGAAAGAAAAGUCGAUUUAGUCACCAGUGAAUUAUCAAUAUCAGAGAAUUUGUGGUUAGGUUGGAUUCUUAUCACAAUAAAUAGCAAUAUUCAAAUUACAGAUUGUUGUUAUAGUGGAGAGCUUUUUACUGUUUUCAAAGAUUAAAGCUUAUUCCUCUCAAUGAAAUUUUUUUGGUUUGAAAUUUAAAUUAUCACAACUUUGAGAUGGCUCAGGAUGGUAGCAUUAAAGUUGAAUCUGUUGAAGCUUUGAGUAGAGAGGCUGAUACACUCAAAGCUAAGUUGGAAGAUGAACGCCAGAAAUUGAACGAUGUUACCUUAUCCACAGUGGCUGAAAGACUGGAAGUUAUCAACUAUUUGAACAUAAAACCUCGCAGAGUUUUGAAGGGUCAUCAAGCUAAAGUUCUAUGUUCAGAUUGGUCUCCAGACAAGAGACACAUUGUUUCCAGCUCUCAGGACGGCAAAAUGAUAAUCUGGGAUGCGUUCACCACUAAUAAAGAGCAUGCAGUUACUAUGCCCACUACUUGGGUGAUGGCAUGUGCUUAUGCCCCUUCUGGCAAUUUAGUCGCUUGUGGAGGAUUGGACAAUAAGGUCACUGUUUACUCACUCAGCUUGGAAGAGGAUGUUUCAACUAAGAAGAAAACUGUCGGAACCCAUACCAGCUACACAUCUUGCUGCACAUUCCCAAAUUCCGACCAGCAGAUCUUGACAGGCAGCGGCGACUCGACAUGUGCGCUGUGGGACGUGGAAUCAGGUCAGCUGCUGCAGAGCUUCCAUGGCCACGCCAGUGACGUCAUGGCUCUCGAUCUGGCACCAUCCGAAACAGGAAACACUUUUGUGUCCGGGAGCUGUGAUAAAAUGGUGCUAAUAUGGGACAUGAGGACUGGCCAAUGUGUUCAGUCAUUCGAAGGACAUCUAUCUGACAUCAACAGCGUCAAAUUCCAUCCCAGUGGAGAUGCUGUAGCUACCGGGUCUGAUGAUUCAACUUGCCGUCUGUUUGAUUUGAGAGCUGAUAAGGAGGUAGCUGUCUACACAAAGGAAAGCAUAAUCUUUGGAGCCAAUUCUGUCGAUUUCUCAGUCAGUGGUCGUCUACUAUUUGCGGGCUACAACGACUACACAGUGAACGUGUGGGACUCGUUGAAGUGUGUCAGAGUGAAUCUGCUCUAUGGCCACGAAAACAGGGUCUCGUGUCUGCAGGUCUCGCCCGAUGGAACUGCUCUCUCAACUGGUAGCUGGGAUUCAACACUCAGGGUGUGGGCGUAAAUUGUCUGGAUCACAAUAUUCUUGGUAAUUCAUAUUAAUUAGUUAGACCGUGUGUUCAAUGAACAGCCAAUAUAAGAUUAAUUAUUCCAUUAUAUUCAUCAUCUUCAGGUGAAAAUUCAUCAGGUAUUCCAACGUACAUUAGUAUAAUACUAUAUGAAGUAGGCUAGAUCUACUCUAUCUUAGGUAUAUUAUUUAUCUAUCCAUAUCUAUUCAAACUCUAGUCAGAUUUACCAGUUAAUGUAUUUAAAAUGCCAAAGGACCGUUGUAUGUAAUUGUUAGUGUUGGGGGGUGGGACUGUUAUCCUUAUGGUGGACACGGAUAUUCUAUGCAGUUGUUCUAUGUUCAUUGUUGUGCCAUUUUCCAAAGUUAUUAUUAUUGAGAAAUUGUUAAGAUUUGUAUUUUUCACUUGAAUUGAAUUUACAGUACAUUCUAUCUCUGUUGUUCUUGCAAAGUAUAACUAGUUCAUACAACUCCACUAUAAUGUGGGAUUUACAAUAAUUUAUUCGACAUAGAGGUAUAUUUACAAUUUUAUUUUUAGAUCUCAAUUCAUAAAGAUUAGCCUAUUGUGGUAUCGUGAUCUGUAUCGACUAUUUCCAUUAGGUAUGUCAUUGUUUUACAAUUAUUCUUAAGAUUUUGUUGUGUAUGUAGCUUCGGACACUCAAUUCUUGUUGGAUACAUUCAAUGAAUUAUUGCUUCUGUAAUUGGGCAUCAGAUGUAAUAUAAAAGAGAAAACCCGUUACUUACAAAAACAUGUUUUUAUUUGUAAACUUUGUUCCAUGAUUAGUCAAAAUGUCCAGGUUACGUCGAAUAUCUACACUAAAGCAUUCCAUUUAAAUCAUGAUUUGUAUUUACUCUCACAUGAUAAUGUUACUUCUUAGAAAUGUUUGGCGUCAUUCAUGUUUACUAUCAAA